AUGUUCCAUGAAGUGUUCGAUGUGAGCGCUGUUUCAGGUUGGACGAAAUUGGUACGGGUGACCGCAACGGUGGUACGAUUCAUCUUUAACUGUCGCCGUAAAAUAGCCGGCGAGCCAAUCGUGACUUCGCAGGCUACGGAGCAUCAUCGUCCGCUAAUCAGAGCAAAACAACCAGCAAUUCAGCAACCCCUUCAACAAGAAGAACUUCGGAAUGCGGAAACCAUUCUCUGGAAGCAGUCGCAAUUCGCUAGUUUUCCGGAGGAGAUGAGCAUCCUCACAGCGAAUCUCGAGCUAGAAACGGGACAACCACCGAAGAGAAUCGAGUGGUCCAGCGUUUUGUACAAACGUUCUCCAAUUCUGGACGCGGAAAGUGUGCUGCGAGUACGAGGAAGAAUGGAGACCAAUGAAACGAUCCCGUUCGACAAGAAAUUCCCGAUCAUCCUAUCGGGGAGACACGAGAUAACCCAAAAACUGAUCCUGCAUUACCACGAGAAGUUCGGGCAUGCUUACAGGGAGACCGUGUUCAACGAACUUCGUCAGAAGUUUUGGAUCCAGAACGCACGUACAGCGAUUCGACGAGCAACCGAGACUUGCGUGUGGUGCAAGGUAAAUCGAUGUGUUCCGGCUGUUCCCAUGAUGGGACCGUUACCCGUCCAUCGUACCACUCUUCACCUACGGCCUUUCAGUGCGGUAGGAGUCGACUAUCUAGGACCAGUUGAGGUAAUCAUAGGUCGCAGAACGGAGAAAAGAUGGGUGGUGGUCUUCACAUGUAUGGCUGUGAGGGCCGUGCAUUUGGACGUGGUUUACAGUCUGAGCACGGAGUCCUGCCUGAUGGCCAUCAAACGGUUCUCGAGCAAGCGAGGCAUUCCCGACCACAUCUUUUCCGACAACGCCACGUGUUUCCAUGGAGCGAACACCGUAAUGAAGAAGGAAAUUGAGAAGAUACAUAAAGAGUGUGCGGAAAGAGUCACUUCGUCCACCACAGCGUGGCAUUCCAACCCUCCCAGUACACCUCACAUGGGCGGUGUCUGGGAGCGAAUGGUACGGUCGGCCAAAGAGGCUCUGCGGGUCCUGGACGACGGGCGGAAGCUGACCGACGAGAUUCUCAUCACGGCUUUGGCAGAAGCUGAGGAUAUGAUUAAUACCCGACCAUUAACUUACAUUCCACAGGAGUCCGCUGAUGAAGAAGCUAUAUCACCGAAUCACUUCAUAAGAGGAACGGUGACCAAGGAAGAUGCAGUUUUGGACAACCCAGAUCAAUAUUAUAAAACCCUGCGCAACAUGCAUCACCGGUCGCAGUGCCUGGCCAGCAAGUUUUGGGAACGGUGGUCGCAGGAGUACUUGCUUACUCUCAAUCAUCGCCCGAAUCCGGCAAGCGGAUGUAAGGACGGCUGA